UCGGUAGGGUUCAGACGUCUAACAAGUUUUACAUUGCUGGGAACUAAUGUGACAUUGAUGUCUAAAUUGUAAGAAGUAGUUGCGAAGUAAACCAACAAUAUGGGUAAUUCUCUAUUCUCGGAGUGCACAUUAUCAAACGCCUACCAGAAUGUCACCGCGGAGACGUCGUGUCCUUCGCUCGGCGCUGGCCCCCUGGUGACCCCCCUGUGUACCUUUAACCCCUUCUUCCUCCUCUUCACCGCCUCCGGGUUCCGCUGUAUGUGUCCACCGGGGGCGUUUCCUUUCACGUUUCCUGGCUCCUUCGUCCAAUCCACAGAGGCGGUGGUAUCGGUGUGCUUGCCAAUUACUGGUUCCACCUGCACAACGAACGCUGAUUGUAACCUUAGGGUGACGGACUGUCUUGGCUUUGCAUCGACAAUCAGCGCAGCUCCCCCUAACUUAAUGCCGGGGAUCUCCUCAGACAUUGCAAGCCUUAUGACGCCGGUGACCGGGCUGAUUUGCAGUUUCAAUGAUCGUUUUAAUGUGGACAUUACCCCCAUCUAUUACUGCAACGCUGGAAGCUGCGCCGAAUACAACACAAGUCCCCCGGAGAACACGCCCCUGGUGAAUGGGACAAUUCUUUUCUACCAAGGACUGGUUCGGGAUGCCUUGCCGUCUUUAUUCACUUUUUAUCCCAAUGUGGUGCCAGACCCAAGCAGCGGAAACCGCCUGUCAUAUCUCAAUGAAAAUGUCUUUGCGGCAAUCUUUAGGAACCUGUUUCCGCCAGAUAUACAGUCACCAUAGUGACGGGCAGCUCUGAUCUGUGAUUGGCUCCACGUGUCGUUGAGCGUUUUGGAUAUUUUGACCCCGCAGUAGCUGAUCAAUAUCUUAUGUUAUGUAAAUACAGACUUUCUCAUUGCAUGGAUAUAAUGGAUGUUAACUGGGUAUUUAAUAAUCGUUUAUCUGAACCUUUCUUUUUUCUGUAUCUUCUUGCCCUUAGACGAUACAUUCUGUACAUGGCUUCCGAGAAUGAAGCAUUGAAUCUGAA